AGCGUAAUAUUUAGAACAUAUAUUAGUCUUAAAAUUUGGACACAAACAAAACCAAAUAAUCAUCACUAGCCAUGCUGAUGAGCUCCACCGCAUCAUCUUUCUUUUCUUCAAAACCUCUUCCCCUUCACAGGAUUCCCACUCUAUCUCGUCCCCAGCUAAUCUCCACUCAACAUGCUAACAUUUUCACCUCUAGCAGCAAGGCAUGGGCUACAAAGACCACGAUCAAAGCCUCCUCAUCAGAAAAUCAAACGGUCACCGUUGCACCAUCCGUGGAAUCUGCAUCAGAUGUCGUCAGGAGCUUCUAUGAUGGAAUCAACGGCCACGAUUUGGACUCCGUGGAGGAGCUUAUUGCCGAGAAUUGUGUGUACGAGGACCUUAUCUUUCCUCGUCCAUUCGUUGGUCGUAAGGCAAUACUGGAGUUCUUCAACAAGUUCAUUGAUACUGUAAGCAAAGACCUCCAGUUUGUGAUUGAUGAUAUCUCUAACGAGGAUUCCUUUGCGGUCGGAGUUACAUGGCAUUUAGAAUGGAAGGGCAAGUCUUUCCCAUUUAGCAAAGGAUGCAGCUUUUAUCGGCUAGAUGCUGUGAAUGGCAAGAGGCAAAUAAUUUAUGGACGAGACAGUGUUGAGCCUGCAGUCAAGCCUGGGGAGGCAGCUUUGGUUGCUAUCAGGGGUGUAACUUGGCUGCUGCAGCGAUUUCCGCAAUUAGCAGACCAGCUGUGAUGAAAGCCUGUGCAUAGAUGAAAGAUAUCAUCCUCUGAAACCAUACCAUCAUUUUCUUUUCAUUUUAAAUGACGAGAGCAAAUCAUUAUGAUUUUGUUUGUCAAAUGUAUAUUCAACUUGGUAAAUCCUAUUUUUAUAAUUGCUAUUCUACAAGUGGAACCAGUUUAUUUA